AUGGCAGCGCGUCGACCGUCUGUCUGUCUCUUCUGCCAGUCUCGACAGCUCGCCCUGAGCAAACGCACUGCCCACUCCACCAAACGCCGACUCACAACGAUAUCGAGACGCCAGCUCGAAGCCAUAGCACUUCGGCCGGAAGAUGAUGGUUUUCUGCUAUCAGAGAAAGAGCGAGCUGGGGAGCAGAGCGAAGAUGAGGAGCCAUUGCUGAGCGCGGUGGAUGCGAGACGGCAAUGGAAGCUGUACAAUCCCAUCGAUGAGCUUCGCGAGGCGGCAUUGGGCUUCGAUGCUCUGGUCAAGAGGCGAGACCUUCGACUCGAAGUCCUGCGGAGCCUCUCCAACCCAUGGCCGCAAGUACCUGCAGGUCGACAGCACACCAUGAACAAGCCGGUACUACCAGAGGCAAAAGCUGCCGUGAUACCCCAUACCACAUUUCGACAACGCCUCCGUGAUGCGCUUGGGCCCAAGCCAGUACGACAGGUGCUUCGACAGCAACUGCUACGAUGUGAGUAUCCGAAAGAGAUCCUCCGAGUCGUAGCAGUAGCCAUGCAGCACCGAGCCUCAGCUAAGCAUCUGGCUGUAUUGUUCGAGCCGCUCAUGCGUGCAUUGUAUCGAUGCAGACAGAACGUUUCAGAUCCGGAAGUGUUGCGCUGUCUGAAUACUAUCAUAAUGCGUUUUCGAUACGCAGACUUGGAGGUGCAGCCUCAACUGUUGUACAUGGCCCUGAAGUUUGCUGCACGAUCUCGAAGUCUACCUGCCAUGAAGAAGUUCCUGGCCAUGAUCCGCGGAGAUGGCCUGAAGCUCUCGUCAAACGUCUUCCGGAGCAUCAUUGCCAAGUUCAGCAUUGGUCAUCGUGGCUUGGGCGAGAUUCGAAACGGACGUUGGAAGAGGCAGGACCUCAUGCAAGUGCUAACUGGAUUCCCUGACUGCGCUGACCUCCCAUCCGAUCAACAUUAUCAUCUUGGAUCGUUCCUCUUUCGCGACGAUUGGCAAUAUCUACAUGGUUGGGUUGCUGUCCUCGGGCGAUGUAGGGCGUCUGAGCUUGUAUGGGAAGAGUGGGAAUUGUGGAAGCACACGAAAGCGAGCACAGAGCCAAGGAAGCUCUUGAUUAAGGAAGCAAAUGCAGCGGCGAUGACGAGUAAGCUACGAGGUGACAUCUGGUUCGUGGAGCAGCAGACACACAGCGGCGAUCUGAAAAGAGCAUGGCAGCUUUUGAGCGAGACGUCGAUACCAUUCUCAAGUCUUAAGAUGCGGAUAAAGGACAAGCUGUUGGAGGAGCCCGAGUAUUGUCCUCCUGCAGCGUGGACGGAAGACGUCAGGAAUGAAAUGGUCCAGAAAUAUGAUCGGGAACUGAGCAGGGUUGAGCAAGCAUUGGGCGUGAAGUGGACGCCUGGUGCUGAAGAUGGCAGCGGGGACCACACCUUGACCAUGGACCAAGAGGAGGCGCUUGACAAGCUUGGGGAGCGCAGAUGGCGGUCUGAUGAUGCGUACGGCUAUCCUUGGGAGACGGACCCGAUCGUGCCUGAGAACGAGCGCGGACUGCACGACGCCGAGGAAGGCAGCACUGCAUGA